AAAAUGAACAUGGUAUCAGGUAUCAGUAUAUAAAGUACUAUCGAUAUUCUAAUUACUCAUUCACUUCAGAUGUGGCAAAACAGUAACAAUAAGAAAUCUACGAAUAUAGAAAUUGCACUUCUAUCCCUUUUAGGUACACCUAAAGAUGACAUUAAAUGGUAUUACAAUGGGUCUUAUCGCAGAGGUUUUGUUGCUUGUCACGGCAGUCGCCAUUUCUGGAACCGUUCAGUCUCAAAAUAGCAACGAUGAAAGACAAAAUCGAUCCGGAAACGCACUGGCGUUUCAUGUAAUGGAACAACUGUACAACAUGAAAUUUAAUAUAGCUGCCCAAAAGAAACAGAUAGAGGCACUACAGAAUCGCAAAACUAUGAAAUGUGAAUCAGGGACCGUUGGACAACACAAAUUCCCUGCUCCAGGAUGGCCAUACAUACAAAACGUUAAAUUCAAGUCUCCUUUUGAGGAGAAGCCGACCGUGACGUACGGUCUAUCUCUUUUGGAUUCUCUUUACAAUACUAAUGAGCGGAUAUCAACGAAAGUUACUGCUGUUACAAAAACUGGAUUCCAGGCCCAAUUUCGCACAUGGGCCGGUACAGUGUUAUAUGGAGCCAGAAUUAACUGGAUGGCAUGUGGAAAGUAAAUUACAUGUACUAGUAGCUGACUGAAAAUAGCUGGAUAGCACGUAGAAAGCAAAAUAGCUGACUGCAAAAAGUGUGCACUUGUUUCCAUUUAAAAUUUGAAAAACCUAAUUUGCAUAAAGAAUUUCAAAGCAUUAAUUUCUAUAUGUAUAAAGUUUCUAAUCAACGCCAGUAUCAGACAACAUGAACGUAAAAUAAUUGACGCUACAUUUCAACAUGGAAAUAAUGAUUAAUAAAGUUUUUACUGAG